AUGUCGUAAGUAACUUAACGUUAGCUAGAUCUCUAGCUAUCUUGGAUAUGCUGCAUGCAUUGAUUUCAGGAAGUUGCUUGCAAAAAACAUUAUUAUAUAAGUGUCGACCCCAACUUACAGUUCGUUCAAAACAUAAGCUACUGUACCUACUGCCUUAUCUAUUUAUCCCUGAUGGUAUCGAGACAUUUGACUUUAUCUACUUCCAUUGAUGAAAUUAUAAUACCCACAAUGCAGUUCACUGUUUUGUUCCUCGAGAAGACCAAUCUAACAUAUUACCGAUCUGCAAAUCCACAGUUGCGUAACAAAGGAAUGGAAUCAGAUGAAUUGACCAAAUUUACAUUCGCUUGAGUCAUUUUUUCCCAAUAUUUAAUAAGGUCUCCUUUUUGACACUGAAUAUUUUCAUUUGACAUUGUUAAUUGGGUUUUCAAUUCGCCAUUCGCUUUUUAUGAAUUGACCCACUGCGCACCAUUAAACAGUUAAAUUUCGCUACGAAUAUGAAACAUUCUUCGACUUUAAUGUUCGUCAUCUUGCAAGUUGAGGGACCUAUGCACAGUUGGCGAGAGUUAAUUGUCUGACGGUUACAAUAUGUAGUUUGGUAGUUAUGUCAGACUCUGGUUAUGUAGGCGGCUAUUUUCUGGGUCGUAUUCAUUAGUGCAACGGAAACAUUUUGCAACGUCAUCGAGUUUCUUAUUGGACAAGUUCAGGUAGUCGCGCCCCGUUUCGGUCGGUUUGCUGUCAACUGAAUACGACCCUGUGUAGUUUUGUAACACAGCAAUAAUGAACUUACGCAAGUUCUAUAUCGAAAUGAUUAUGAGUAUUCUGGUGUUCAUACAAGCUGCAGGAACUACACCUUCAAGAUAGUGAGGAUCAUUCUACAAUUUGACAUUUAUACGGUAGGACAGGAUCUGUUUAUUAUACCACUCCAAACAAUGUCAAGGAAUUCUGUCCUGUCUAUGUCCACGUUUGAACUCUUUAUUACAGCUCGCAGACCUAUAUAGCCUCCUGGAGCACCAGUAGCCACAGGUAAUCCCAUCUGAACAUAGACUACUAUUAUUAUCUAAAUAUGCAGGUAUUUGUGUUUGAUUUCUGAAGUAACACCACCAGUCCAGCAGAGAUGACCCAGGUGCGAAGGUCGGUGGGAGAGGCGCUGUGGGGAAUGUGUGCGGCCGACGCCAUGUCCAUGCCCGUGCACUGGUACUACAACAUCGAUGACAUCAAGAGAGAUUUUGGAGGAUGGAUCACCGGCUUCAACGCACCCAAGAACAAACACCCGUCCAGCAUCCUCACCCUCUCCAACUCAGGUAUGUUAACAUCACCCUUUAUUGAAUUUGAAAAUUAGGUGAGAUGGUUAUUGGUCAUGAAUUAUGACAUGGCAUUCAUUCUUCACCUGAUGUUCCUCAAACUGUCAAUAGGUACAGUCAAACAUUUUGAGUUAGUCUUUAAUCUUAAUCUGUCUCUCCGGUCCAUAGCAGGGAGUGGUCGCACUGCAUGGUCCUCUGGCGAUAACAGACCCCAUGUUGUGGGGAACGUAAUCCUCCAUAACAAGCUCAAGUUCUGGAAGGCAUCAGGCGGUUCGGUCCACUAUCACCAAGGUACUCACUUAAUCUCACGAAUGAAUGUAACGAAAUGAAAAAAGGAACAGUCUCUAACCUUGGUCUGUAUAUAUCUUUAAAAGCGGUUCUGUAAGGAAAAUAAUUAUUGACAAUACACAUCAUCAAUUAAUCGUUUAAAUAUACCUCUAUCUCUGUGCAGGUCUGCAGGCAGGUGAGAGCACCCUGAAUGCCAUCUGCUCCCUGAGGGUGGCACAGGCCCUGACAGGGGGGAUGUUUGCCAGCGUGGCAGAGUCAGCAGCGAGGGGGGCGGUGCUAGCUGAUUACAUACACUUCAUGACCACGCCAGGAACACAUGGAGACACCUACGCAGAGUCCUUCCACAGAGCAUUCUUCUCCGACUGGCAGGACCCCAGACCCACUUCUUCCAGCAAGGUAAUACACACACACACACAUGCAUGCAUACAUACGAUGUUACACACCUAACCAGACAGUGUCUCACAGUGUGUCUUGUCUAUGUGUUCCAGGUGUUGUUUAUGUCUUGUCUAUGUGUUCCAGGUGUCAUGUAAUGUCUUGUCUAUGUGUUCCAGGUGUCAUGUCUUGUCUAUGUGUUCCAGGUGUUAUGUCAUGUCUUGUCUAUGUCUUGUCUAUGUGUUCCAGGUGUUGUUUAUGUCUUGUCUAUGUGUUCCAGGUGUUGUUUAUGUCUUGUCUAUGUGUUCCAGGUGUUGUUUAUGUCUUGUCUAUCGUUCCAGGUGUCAUGUCUUGUCUUUGUUCCAGGUGUUAUGUCAUGUCUUGUCUAUGUCUUGUCUAUGUGUUCCAGGUGUGGUCAUGUCUUGUCUAUGUGUUCCAGGUGUUGUCAUGUCUUGUCUAUGUGUUCCAGGUUUUGUCAUGUCUUGUCUAUGUGUUCCAGGUUUUGUCAUGUCUUGUCUAUGUGUUCCAGGUUUUGUCAUGUCUUGUCUAUGUGUUCCAGGUUUUGUCAUGUCUUGUCUAUGUGUUCCAGGUGUUGUCAUGUCUUGUCUAUGUGUUCCAGGUGUUGUUAUGUCUUGUCUAUGUGUUCCAGGUGUUGGAGUUUGCAGAGCAGCGCUACCAGCAGAAGAUGAACGUGUCAGUCCCCGACAGCCAGCUAGACGCUAUUGGCUGCAUCCCCAUGGCUAUCCCCUUUGUCCUUCUUUCAGCCACAGCCAAUGAAGACCAAGCUGCAAGUGUUGCACCCACCUCUUUUUGGAACAUUUGAAUAGGAGAAUCUCAAUUGCAUUUCCUUCAUCCCUUGUGUCUUCUCUCCUCGCCUCGCCUCAUCUCAAAACCCAUUGGAUGAGAAGGUCAGAGGGGAAGGACCUUUGACCUUCUCAUCCAAUGGGUUUUGAGAAGGAGGCGAGAAGAGAACACAAGAAAUUGAUUUUCCCAAUGAAACUCACCCACUCUCUCUCCCCCUCUCUUUUACUGUCCUUUCUCUCCCAGGUGUCUGCAGCGGUAGAGUUUGUCCGGCUCACCCACCCCCACCCCAAGGUGGAGAAGUAUGUGACGCUGUACGCCCGAGCCCUCCAUGCCACUCUGAACGGGGCGUGUCUGAAGCAGCAAGCUGAGGCCGCCCUCAAGUCACCUGAGCUGGACGCAUGGGACACCUGCAAGCCCUACAUACAGAAAGCAGCCAGGUUUCCAGCCUCUUCUGCGGAGAGGCUCAAGGUUCACCAGAAUGCUGUGGAAAUGCUUGGCAUGGCCUGCUACACCCGAGGUGUCUUUCUCUACUCAUUGUCUACCUAUCCACAGCAGUGUGAUUUAGUUAUGUUUAAGUAUGUGAUGCAAGUGUCCACUGAGUCUAAUAGAAGUGUGUUUGUGUGUCCUUUAUAGGUGCCCUCAGUAGUAUGUUCUACCUAGCACACGAGUUUCACAGCGACCCUCAUGGAGGGAUCCUGGCAAACACCAACUGUGGCGGUAAGUUUGUUUGUUUGCAUGUGGUGCCAAUUAAUCUGUUUUAAGGUGUGUGUGUUUUGGGAACUGUCAGUCUAAAGUGUGUAUGUGUGUGUUGUCGUUCAGGAGAGAACUGCAACAGGGGUUCUGCGUUGGGGGCUCUGCUGGGGGCGAGGGCAGGGUACACGGGUGGAUCUGUACCCCAGGAGUGGAAGGAUGGACUGAGGAACUCACAGGAACCGAUCCAGGAAAUCCUAGAGAAGAUGCUCUGAGACUGCCCCCUAAUAGGACUGGAAUCGCGCAUCAGAGCACUGACACACACCUUACCUCCAUUUGGUUGUUGUAACCCAUAACAUCUGUUUACAUAUCUGUUUGUUGAUUUUCAGCCUUAUAUUGGCCGUGGUAUUCACAUGCUGGUCAUUGAACGUACAAAAAGGUACCUUACAAUGAAAAAGAUUACUAUGCUAAAAUAUUUAUAUUGUGUAAAAGUGCUUAUUUUCCCAGUUUUGCUCUUAAGGCCUUCCAGGUUUGCCUUGGUUUACUCCCCAGCUGAAAGCUCAGCUAUCUCUCUUGACCUUAUGUCAGGUAACUGUUCUUAGCUGUGUCUCCAUGCAAGAAAUUUCAGAGAUCAGUUGGAGUUUACACACGAAAGGCGUCCGUAUACAUAGGUUCGGUUUGCUCCUAUCAGAACUCGGCUAGGUGAAGUGAACGUCUGUGUUCGCAUACUCCCUUAAAAUACCUUCGCUUGAAAAGAGUGGCAAUAUUACAGUUGGUACCUCUUGAGACGCCAUACCCAGUACACUUCCUCAAAUUAGUCCAAAUUAAUCUAAGAGAAAUCUGUAAUUAAUUGCGUUUUUGCUUAGUCGCGCUAUUUUACAUUAAGGUUUUUGGUGCAGUAUUUCUCAAGUGAAAACAUCUGCAUGAAAACUAGUCGUCUCUCGUUGAAUGACAACAAACACUUCAUUGAAUAAUCCCUAUUGUUGACCAAUCACCGACGA